AUGUCAACACGUGGCAAUUCCUGGUUUAUAGAUUGCCACCCAAAUAACAUAACACUCAAAAAUAAAAACAUUACGGUUCCCGGCUAUUUUCUUGCUUUGAUUCAAAUCACUUACCUUCGUGCCUUGCCUGAUCAUUAUCCUCCGAAAAUUUCUGAGCCUCAUCUUUUGGGGGGUUUCGCUAUUGAAUCAACAACAACAAAAAAAAAGAAGAUUCGUCCUAAUCCCCCCUUUCCUUCAAACCAUUUCUUUAAAGCUACGCCAACAAAGCUUAAAUGCAAUUGCAAUUGCGAUAACAUCUUCAUCUUCAUCUUCGCACUGCAACUGUUAUCUCUGUUCCUGUUCGAUAACUUCCUUCCUAACAGGCAGGCGUGA